AUGGCUCCAUUAGAUAACGAACAGGUCGAAAAUGCGUGGCUUGAGGCAGCAAGAAAUGGUGAUCUCGACCAAAUGAAGAGUCUACGUAGACAGUAUCCACAGCAGCUUGACCUCAACCGAAAUAUCCAACAUUUGAACAGCGCAAACAAUUCUCAGCCCUCGACAGGCUUUUGCGGCUGGCACGGCUUUCACCUCAGCACCAUUGGAGCUUCAGCCUUGUACACUGCAACAUGGUUUGGAGACGACAAGAUAAUUGAAUACCUCCUUGAGGAGGGUCAAGACCCGGACACUGAAGACGAGAGUGGCAUGUCGGCAAUCACGGUGGCAAUCAUGCACCAUAAUUUACAAGCUACACGCUGUAUCUUUCGCAACCGCGUUGCUAUUCAGCAAAACCUUAUUACUGACUGCCGACAGGAAGAUGAAGACCGGACUCGACGGACUGUAGCACGCCUCGAGCUCUAUUUGCGCUUUAAUGCAAAUAUCAACAAGCGAUGUCAGCGAGGCAAGAGUGCACUCCAUUAUGCCACAACCGACGAUACGUUUGAAGUAGCGAAAUUGCUUGUUUGUAAUGGUGCCAUUGUCGACCUUCAAGAUGAGGAAGGUAAGUCGCCGUUGCAUCAUUGCAUACAAGCACCAAGUCUCAUGGUUGCGAAUCUGCUCCUUCAACAUGGUGCAAACGUCCAUCUCCCAGACAUUGACGAUAUCACGCCCCUCCAGCGCAUCCUCCGCGUCAAUGAUAUCAAUAUGUUGCAGAUCAUUCUUAACCAUCACCUUGAAGUUGUGACAUUAACAGGAGAAGACUUCGCAGGAGCUGUUCUUUUGAUGGCAGUAGAUGAAGAGGCAGAAUCCAUCAUAUCGUUUCUGCUAAACGAAAGAUACACAACACUAAUACACCAAGACAACUGCGGCGAAACGCCCAUGCAUCGCGCGUUGCGCAACAAGAGCACAAGGAUUGCGAAUUUACUGCGGGCUAUUGACAUCCAAGGCCUGAGUGUGACGACCAUGACAAAGUCGCGUGACUCGUGUCUGCAUUAUGGUGCUAAAUAUUCGACACCUGAGGAGUUAAAGUGCUUGAUAAAAUUUUAUCAACGAUUCAACGAUGACGUGGGACCAAUCAAUCGUGUCAACGUGGCGGGUCAAACGGCUAUAUUUCUAAUCGCCACAUCGAAAUCUCACUUGCUUGACGAUCGUGAUGCAAAGACAAGACUCAUGCUAACGGCUGGUGCAAAGCUGCUAGGCAACAACCCAUUCGUUCAGUCGACACAGAGACAAAACAUAGUUCUGUCUACCCAAGUACAUACUUGUUUGUACAUAUGGUUGCCGGAAUGUGCUGCAACCCAUUCUGAUGACGUGAGUCAAUUUGGUACUGACUUGCUGGCGAUUGUCUAUUCGUCGCCUCACUCUCAAUUCACAUUGAGUCACGACGUACUGGGAGUCAUGUUGGCGGCAGGUUACGCUGUGGACUCAAUUUUUCUUCUACUGUUGCUACCAUUUGAUCGAAAAACGAUACUGGCCUUGUUGGAUCGAUUACGGCUAUUUGGCACGCAAUUGAAUCAUAUGCUUCUUUUGGCUUUGUAUGAAGAACUUGCUGUAGCUUCAGCAAGUUUAAUUUCGUAG